CGGCCUCUUAAACAAGUCUAGUUUAUUCAUAGUAUUCAACCUGCCGGUGGGGCUCAGAUAAAGACGUGUCUGAACGCAAACGAAGGAACCCCUGCAAAGGAAAACAUGCAAGAGAAGAGAUACGACUGUGCCUUGAAAAAACCUUCUAGGUUGGACGAUGGAAGAACUGGGAAAGAAGCCAUCCACCUGCAUCCCUGAUCCCUGGACCGGUCCUCCAGGGAGUGAGACCCUCCUCUGGAAACUCAAAGACUGCUUCUCCUCCUUUGAGAAGGCCAACUCCAGCUUCACCCAACAACAAACCAUGGAGGGCAGGACGCCUGUGCUGGAGCUCAGAGACGUCCCCCCCCCUCCCCAUCACGUGUCCUCUGCCCCCCCCUCCCAGCCCCUCCCCCUGGCCCCCCCCCCUCUCCCUGCGCCCUGCUUGCCCCUGCCUCCGCACCCCGCGGCACCCCACAGGCACCCGCCCUGCUCACAGCUGCAGGAGGGGCCUGGCCCCAAAGUAAGCAUUUGCACUUGGUGUGACCACUAUGACCCUGCGGGCUACGUUGCCUUCGGGGAGACCAGCCUCGGCCUCAACACUAGUAAUACGAGCGGCCACGUCGCCAGCUACAUGAGCCCUAGCGCCUAUAACGGCGCCCCCGCGGCCUGCUCUCCGGUGCCGCUACUCAAUUUGUACCCCAACAGCCCGGCUAGGCGGAGCACAAACGAAGCCAGUAAUGUGUUGUACAGUCCGGCGGCCUUCCAGCUCCCCUUCUCCCCCUGCGUGGCUACGUCCCAGCCCAUGCCCUCUCACUCCUGUACCUCCUGCUGCACGGGCUUCCUCCACCCCUACUCCAACCUGCCUCUGUCCGGCAGCCCAGCCAGCCUCCCUCCUCCUCCUUCUUCUUCUACUACUCCUUCUGUGCCUCUGGCCCUCCCUCUGUCCACCCUUCCCCCCCCCCUGCACGGCUCCUCCGGGUGCUACUGCCCGUGCGGCGCCGGCUGUGGCCACGCACUCGCAGAGACCCAGAGACCCCUCCCUCACGGUGACCUCCCACCCACCAGCACGGCCCAGUACGGCCCUCAGUCUAGGCACCCCAACGUAGAAUGCAUGGUUUGUCUGAAGGGGUCUCACUACUGCCAGGAGUGUCUGUUGAAGCCCGUGAAUGGGUGUUUGCCAGAGUCGGAUGAGCUGUGGCCCGUGGUCCCCCACCUGUCCUCGCGGCCCCCCCCCCUCCCCAUGUGUAACGGCUGUGGCACCGCGGCGGACGGCAGGCUGCGGCCCCCCCACCACAGCCUGGGCAAGGCCGGACACCAGUUCGGCUCCCCUGACGUCGGCGGUCCAGAGAACACGCCCCCCGUGGGCGUGUUCUGGGACAUCGAGAACUGCUGCGUGCCCAGCGGUCGCUCGGCGGCCGCCGUGGUCCAGCGGCUUCGGGGGCGCUUCUUCCAGGGCCACCGCGAGGCCGAGUUCAUCUGCGUCUGUGACAUCAGCAAGGAGUGCAAGACGGUCAUCCAGGACCUCAACAACUGCCAGGUCACCGUUGCCCACAUCAACGCCACUGCCAAGAACGCCGCCGACGAUAAACUCCGCCAGAGUCUGCGCCGCUUUGCAGAGACCCAUGCAGCCCCUGCCACCGUGGUGCUAGUGUCCUCGGACGUGAACUUUGCCAGCGAGCUGAGUGACCUGCGCCAUCGCCAUGGCUUCCAGGUCAUCCUGGUGCACGGCACGCACACCUCGCCGGCCCUGCUGCAGCACGCCCACCGCCAAGUCCCCUUCCUGGAGAUCACAGCCGACCUGCCGCUGCGCGUGCCCCUCAAGGCCCAGCCCAGUUUCAGCAACCUCUAUGUGCACAACCUCCCCGUCGCCUGCGACAAGAGCCUGCGCGGCGCCGUCAAGCUGCGGCUGCGCCGGCUGUCGGACAACUGCGGCGGCAAGGUGCUGAGCGUGUCCCGGGGCACGGCGGUGCUGCGCUUCGGCAGCCUGGACGCCGCCGAGCGCGCCUGCAAGCGCAUGGAGAACGAGGACGUGUUCGGCCACCUCAUCCGUCCCUCCUUCUCCCCGGCGGCGGGCACCCGGGCCGGCGGCGGCGAGGCCCCGGGCCCCGUGCACCGGCCCACGCCUCAGGCUCCGCCCCUGGCCGCCCCGCCCGCCGCCUACGCGCCCCCGGGGGCCCCGCCGGCCCCCGCCCCCGCCCCGCCCAUGUCCUCCUCCUCCUUUCUGCCCCUGGAGCCCACCAGGUCGCCCUGGAGGCUGCGGCAGGGGGCCCGGCCCUGCCAGACGUCGGGGCCCCUGGCUGAGAGGCCCUACAGUCCCAGGAGGGGCUGUAGCGGGCCGCCCGGUGGUCCCGUGGCCCCAUCCCCUCAGGAGCUGGGUGGUGUAGACGCCACACCCAACACGGUCUUCCAGCUGUUGGAGAACGCCUGCAGCCCCACCACCACCGCCUCCAGCAGCUCGCCCCCCCGGAGGGCCGCCGACCCCGCCCUGGGAAGACUGCCCAAGCCCGGGCUCAUGGGAGAGUCCAUGUUCAGGAGGAGGGGGGACAGCUCCAGCCCUCGGCGGACCGUGGAGUCCCCUUCGAGACGAGGGGACCGGGGGUCCCCCGAGUUCCUGGUCAGCACACCCUCCGCCUUCAGCAAGCUGAACCUCCACCGCAGCUUCAGUCCUCUGGGCGCCUCUCAGGGCUCCUGGUCCUCCAGGAGCGCGUCCCCCUCCCUCUCCGGCCGCUCCUCCCCUCUCCUCCCGGGCCCCCGGAGCCCCGUUCCGGACGCCCCCGCUGAGUGCCUGCGGGACAGCCCCGAGGUCCAGGUCUCCAACCUGGACUACCGGAUGUCCCGCAAGGAGCUGCAGCAGUCGCUGAUACACUGCUUCUCCCGCUACGGCAAGGUGACCUGUGUGGAGCUCAGCCCCCACACUGACUACCAGCUGAAGGCAGCGGUGCAGAUGGUGUACAUGCAGCAGGCCAUCCUGGCCGUCAGCGCUCUGCAGCGCUACAAGAUCGGAGGCAAGCGCAUCCACGUGUGCCUGGCCACCGGGGGCAGCAGCAAGCCCCUCGCCGCCCUGGGCUCUGAGAUCGUCGGGAUUCUCCACGACGCUCCCGCCAACUGCCUUCCUCUGUCCAAGUUCACGGAGCUCUACGAGAAAAGGUUCUCCCGUAGGCUGGCGGUGGGGGACCUCUACCGGCUGCCGGAGGUGGUGGCGGUGCGGGACCAGGGCGGGGCCCGGCUGGUGUGCCUCGUGGCGGGGGGCCAGGCCCGGCAGAGCCCCCUGGGGUCCUCCCAGUCCCAGGAGGCGUCCUCCUCGGCCUGCAGCAGCCCCGUGGUCUUUGAGGAGCUGGAGUACCACGAGCCCGUCUGCCAGCAGCACUCCACACUGCACAACUUCAGUGAGGCGGACUUCGACCCGGACUCGUAUCAGAUCCCCUUCGUGGCGAUGUCCCUGAGCGCCAUGGCCCCCCAGGUCCACGGCCUGCUGCAGUGCCACGACGGCACCCUCCCCCUCCUCAGUUUCCCAGAAUGCUAUGCGGCAGAGUUCGGCCCGUUGCAGCUGGGCGAUGAGACACAGGAGGGCGCUGUCUCUCUGGAGCACCUCAUCACCUGCCUCCCCAGCAUCACCGUGGUUACGGCCCAGAACGGCUUCAAGGUCAUCAAGUGGAUCCACAACAAGCCACCCGCCCCCAACUCUGAGCCGUGGGUCCAGCGGUCCAAGAGCCCGGUGGGGAACCCCCAGCUGAUCCAGUUCAGCCGGGAGGUGAUCGACCUGCUGAAGAGCCAGCCCGCCUGCCUGCUGCCCAUCCACAAGUUCAUCCCCUCCUACCACCACCACUUCGCCAAGCAGUGCCGCGUCUCUGACUACGGGUACCCCAAGCUGCUGGAGCUGCUGGAGGCCGUCCCCCACGUCCUGCAGAUCCUGGGCAUGGGCGCCAAGCGUCUGCUGACCCUGACGCACCGCGCCCAGGUGAAGCGCUUCACUCAGGACCUGCUCAAGCUGCUCAAGUUCCAGGCCAGCAAGCAGGUGGCCAUCAAGGACUUCAUGCAGGCCUACCACUGGUGUUUCUCCAGAGACUGGCGGGUCAUGGACUACGGUGUCUGUGAACUCAUGGACCUCCUGAACGAGAUGCCCGAGACCACCGUCACCCUCACGCGCCAAGACACCCACCUGGUCAUCUCCGUCCCCAAGAGAGAGCGCACCCCGGAGGAGAUGGAGCGCACCAAGCAGUUUGGGAAGGAGGUGGUGGACCUGCUGCGGCACCAGCCCCACUGCCGCAUGGCCUUCAGCAAGUUCAUCCCCACCUACCACCACCACUUCGGGCGCCAGUGCAAGCUGACCUGCUACGGGUUCACCAAGCUGCUGGACCUGUUUGACGCCAUCCCCGAGGUGCUGACGGUGCUGGAGUGCGGGGAGGAGAAGGGGCUCUCCCUGACGGAGGUGGAGCGUGUGAAGGCGCUGGCGGCCCAGCUGGUGAAGCUGCUGCGCUCCCAGAGGAACUGCUCCCUGCCCGUCAGCCUGCUGCUGGCCGAGUACGGCCGCACCUUCGGCUACGGCCUGCGGCUGCAGGACUACGACGCCGCCUCCCUGCCCUCCCUGCUGGCCAAGCUCUGCCACGUCGUCAAGGUGGUGGACGGGGCUGAUGGGCAGCGCGAGGUGCAGCUGAUCAACAGGAAGUCGCUGCGCCUGCUGACCUGCCAGCUGCUGAUGCUGCUGAUGUCCGAGGAGCAGCCGGAGGCCGGCGUCAGCGUGGAGGAGCUCAGCCAGCGCUACCUGGCCGCCCACGCCCUCACCCUCAACCCCUGUGAAUACGGCUUCCUGUCCCUCAGCGAGCUGCUCAAGAGCCUGCCCUACCUGGUGGAG